AGCCCGGAGACAACCGAGCACUGCCUUCAAAGAGGGCGAAGGGGGAGGGGCAGGGGGAGGGUUUCUCGAGUCGGGGGCGGUUAUGGCAGCUGCGCGGCGGCGGCGGCAGCCGCGGCUGAGACGGAGCGCGCGCCCGGCUUUGAAUGAGCGGGGCUGGGACUGAACGGGCGGAGCGCGAGCUCGAGGAAGCGACUGGCAGCGCGCGCGCGCCUUGCGUGCGCGCGCGGCCCGCGGCAGCUAGGAGCCUCCGCCGGGCGGGCGGGGAGGGGGAGGGGCAGGUUUUGAUUCCCACCAUGGCCAUCACACAGUUUCGGUUAUUUAAAGUUUGUACGUGCCUAGCAACAGUAUUCUCGUUCCUAAAGAGAUUAAUAUGCAGAUCUGGCAGAGGACGGAAAUUAAGUGGAGACCAAAUAACUUUGCCAACUACAGUUGAUUAUUCAUCAGUUCCUAAGCAGACAGAUGUCGAAGAGUGGACUUCCUGGGAUGAAGAUGCACCUACAAGUGUAAAGAUUGAAGGAGGGAAUGGGAAUGUGGCAACACAACAAAAUGCUUUGGAACAACUGGAACCUGACUAUUUUAAGGACAUGACACCAACUAUUAGGAAAACUCAGAAGAUCAUUAUUAAGAAGAGAGAACCAUUAAAUUUUGGCAUCCCAGAUGGUAGCACAGGUUUCUCUAGUAGAUUAGCAGCUACACAAGAUAUGCCUUUCAUUCAUCAAUCUUCUGAAUUGGGUGACUUAGAUACCUGGCAGGAAAACACCAAUGCAUGGGAAGAAGAAGAAGAUGCAGCCUGGCAAGCAGAAGAAGUUCUGAGGCAGCAGAAAAUAGCAGACAGAGAAAAGAGAGCUGCAGAACAACAAAGGAAGAAAAUGGAAAAGGAAGCACAGCGGUUAAUGAAGAAGGAACAAAACAAAAUUGGUGUGAAACUUUCAUAACAAAUGUUCUACAGAUAUUAUAGUGCCAGUGGGAGAAAUCUGAGCUCCACAACCCAAAAAACAUUUGUAUGGAUUUAAGAGUAUUUUCAGAAUGCAAACACACUGCUUGAUUUUAAUGCAUUCAUCAGGCCAUCCGGGACACCAGGAUUCUCCCAAAAUACCUUGAAUUCUUAGGGAUUGAGACUCAAAAAAAACAAAAAGACUUAUGAGACAAUAUUUUCUUCAACAUGCUCCAAAUAUAAGACAAUUGUUUGCUGUACAGAAAUUAUCACAAAUGGAAUAUAACAGUACCUCUGAAGCUGAUGUUUCUAGCUACAUAAAUGGGUAAAAAUAAUUUUAUGGUAGAAAAGAAUUCUGCUCUCUGUUAUGAUUUCCUUCAAUGUGUGUAAUAAUAAAAUAAAUAAUUUUAAUAUUCUUUUGUUUCCAUGGUUAUCUGACUUAAAUUAGACAAAUCGUAGGGCUUUAACUUGCUUAUUUUUGUUGUCAGAAGCUGGUGUUGGCAUACAUUUCCUCUAAUUUGAAUUGGUAUUAUUUAUGUUUGAUACAACAUUAAGGAAUUUGAUGAUUUUGGUUUUCAUGAAAAUGACAUUAAAUGCAAUAAUUUUAUUUAU